AUGGCGACCUUUGAGCCUUCCGUGUGCGACCAUAAACUCUGCCAGGUCGUCGUUGGAGGCUCAAAGGAGGCAGAAUGUUUGCCUAGGUCGUUCCAAGGUGCGCCGAACGCCAAAAAGCGCAGUUUGAACAGCCGGCACCAAGCCACACGGAAAAGCAACCGGUCAAAGCACCGAGAGCAUCUGGGCAUUGCACCCACCACCAAAAAACGCAGUUUAGACAGCCGGCACCAAGCCACCCGGAAGGAAACAGCAAAGCACCAAUCACAAGCGAGAUCACUAAUGCCAAAGGCCGUCAUUUCCUCCCUCCAUCAGCUGGCCAUGGCGGAGCACGGAGCUGAAUGUCGCUGGCUGGCAUCGCCACACCCAAGCGUGCUCGCUCGGUCUCGUCGCAUCUCCAUGCAUCUGAAGAAAUUGUCACCCCUCUUUGCCGCUCUCUGGUGCACAUUGCAAGUGUUUUCGUGGCGAAGAAGCAGGCAGCGUGCUUCCUGUAUUCUUACCCAAGAUGUCUGUGCGGCGCUGACACAAUCUCCUGACACAACUUACCUGACACAACUUACCACAGCCCUGAUAUUUUCUUCUUUAUGGAAGAUUGUGAAAGGCCUGCUGACCCGAUGUCACACAACCACGGCCCUCUCCCCCCUGGCUCCCACUCCCAAGGAAACAACCCAGACCAACAUGGCUUUGCGGCCACUGACAUCACCUCUCCACACAGAGAGACAUGACAUGACCGCUCCUCCUGACACAUCCUUCUGACAUCACCUCUCCACACAUCCUUCUGACACAGCCUCCUGACACAUCCUUCUAACACAGCCUUCUGACACAGCCUUCUGACACAGCCUUCUGUCACAUCCUUACAAUCCUUACAGCAACUUGAUAUUUACUUCAAGAUGGAAGAUUGUGUAAGGACCAUACUCUCUACCUGAAGACGUUUGACAAAUGUCUAACAGUUGGGGAGACCUCAUCUCUCCAAAUGGCGACGUGCGAUGGAAAUUUGAAUCAAAGAUGGAUAUUCGAGAAAUCUAAAUUUGAAAACCAACGCGUUCUCAGGAAUUACAGAUAAACCGUCAUUCAUGAACUCAUUCAUCAUUCAGAACAGGCGCCGAAAUUCGCUGUGCAGAGUUGCGUCCCUUGGGCGCACCAGAAACCGAUGAUUGUUUGUUCGAAUCCCGGUUCGCCUUGAUUAUGUCAUAGGUUUGUCAGCACCAU